GGGUGAAGAAGAAAGCACGGCCUCGGUCGGCCCGGAGCGAAGAGGUGACCCGGAGCGAAGAGGUGACCCGGAGCGAAGAGGGGUCCCGGAGCGAAGAGGCGGUCGGAAGCGAAGAGGUGGCCCUAAGUGAAGAGGUGGCCCGGAGCGAGGAAAUGGCGGCAGCCGGGCUCAGCGUAACCGUCACCCACAGCAAUGAGAAGCAUGAUCUUCAAGUUAUCCCGCAAGAAGGCUGUAGUGAACCAAUUGUCCAAGACCUGGCCCAGGUUGUUGAAGAGGCCACAGGGGUCCCGCUGCCUUUUCAGAAACUCAUAUUUAAGGGAAAAUCUCUGAAAGAAAUGGAGACGCCAUUGUCAGCACUUGGAAUACAAAAUGGUUGCCGGGUCAUGUUAAUUGGGAAAAAGAACAGUCCAGAGGAAGAAGCUGAAAUAAAGAAGUUGAAAGAUUUGGAGAAGUCUGUGGAGAAGAUAGCUGACCAACUGGAAGAGUUGAGUAAAGAGCUUACUGGAAUCCAGCAGGGUUUUCUGGCCAAGGAUUUGCAAGCUGAAGCUCUCUGCAAACUCGACAGGAGAGUAAUAGCCACAGUCGGGCAGUUUAUGAAGAUCUUGGAAGAGAUUGACACACUAGUUCUGCCAGAAAAUUUCAAAGACAGUCGAAUGAAAAGGAAGGGUUUGGUGAAAAAGAUUCAGGCGUUCCUAGCUGCAUGUGAUACAGUGGAGCAGAGCAUCUGCCAGGAGAUGGAGCGACUGCAGGCCACUAACUUGGCCUUGGCUGACUGAGGAUCACAGCAGACAAGGAUGAGGCCACCUCCUCAGGAACCUGUGCAGAAAGAAGGUAUAUGCAGAAAACCAAGGCCUUAGAGGGUGCUCCAGGCCCUGCCUCUGCUCCACGCAAGCUCACCUACCAACACCAAGCCAGAGAAUCCAGGUUCUGCCUACUCACCCCUGCCCACAAGGAAGAGGGCAGCCAAGGCCAGGGUGACCACCCACAGGCGAACAGCCAUGCUGAUCCUGGGCUGACGUGGCCUGAGGCUGCUGUGAAGACGAGAGGUGGUGAUAGCAGAUGGGUAAACACUUUGCAGAGUAUGAAAUAAGACCUUCCUACAGCAGCCCCACCAAGAAGUCAUUCAUCCUCCAGUGAUGGGGAGAAGUUUCAUUGUUGGAUGGGUUUUUCUUAAGGUCAGAGUGAAGGCCUGGGACAUGCACACUGGCUGAGCUGACACACCCCAGCCUCACCCAGCAGACUUCACCCCGACUACUGAGACUUGGACUGGCGCCCAGCUUUUCUAGGAAUACAGCCCCUCCUUGAUGACGGCAACCCAGGAUCCAUUAGCAAAACAAAACAAAACAGCAAAGUACCAACACCAGCACUGCCCCUGCCCUUAGGAGGUCUUACGUGUGAUGCAUCUCCCAGCAGGGGGUGCCUCUCUGCACCCUCCAGGGGCCAGAAGAGAUGAGGUGAGCACCCAGUGCCUGAAUACACCAGGAUGAAGACUUCUAGCUAUUCUACCUAGAUACUCCAAAGAAUCGGCCAGGGUCUCAGCAGAAAACAGAUGGCUUACUCAACGCAGUCACUGAAGAGUUUCAUAAUGGGACUACCUACAAAGAUGCCAGCAAGCCUAGGGUAACACGUAAGAAAUGGAAGCUGAUGCAAGACAAGUCACUUGCAUCGCAGGAGCUGGAUACUGGAAAAGCUGUCCAGGCUGUAGAAGCCAGGUGCUGCCUGCCACAGGGGCGGGCUGAGCAGAGCACACCGGAAUCCGGAAGGAAAAUCCCUCCUACAAUGUCUCUCCAGUGCCCUCUACUGACAAAGCUUAACAUCUGUCAGCUCGCAAAGGAAAAAUUUUGAGAUGAUCCACUACAUUUCUGCAGAGCAGACAAUGAAGAUUGAAUUUGGAGCUGAGAGGCAAUAGAUUGAGAACUAGCACAAUCCCAACUCCAUAUGCCCAUAGGAGGGACGAUGACUGAUCCAGCUGGUGCCACCCCUGGAUUGGUCAGUCACCUGUGCUGAGAAUGGAACUGCAUUCAUAAAAAGAGAAGCAGUGAGCAUGGACAGGCAGGUGCAAGAAAGCCAGCUGGUCACCAAGCAGCCUUCGGGCUCUCCAGGGGAGAGAAACAAGCACCUUAGUCAUUAGAGAAAUUGUCUGUCCUAUAGAUCAAGGACAUUUCAUCAAGCUUCACCAUGGUUUGAAAAAAUACUCCUCAAGACUACCCGUUUUCUUUUAUUCAAACAUGCAGCUCACCAAGAAACCUUCUGAUGUUUCCUCCCAUCUACACAAAACCAGAUGAGGGACAGAUUUUGGGCAGUGGCUACGUAUUCUGCUGUUUGAAAAGGGAUAUCAUCCACCAUAAUCUAAUAAAUCAGCCUUUGAUGUUAUCAGCCAUGGGUGUUAUUAGUGAAAGUCUGUCACCAAGAAUUUGUUCUUAUGUGGUGCAGUAAGAAGUAAGGUUCUGACCCUGAGGAGCUGAGAACCAGGUUUUGGACUCGAGGGACUCAGUCAGGGUGUUCUCCUGAAGGAUCUGUAGCCUACAUCCUACACAACAUCAAUGCUAGCACAUUCCCCAAGGAAGAACCCUGAAGAACCCAUGGAUAUAUCGAAUUCUAUAUAUGUCCAACCAACAAUCAACCUUCCUUCCUCCCUUCCUUCCUUCCUUCAUAAAUAAACAGCAUAUUUACUACUGA